AUGGCGACAGUUGACAUGACCACGGGAUCGCCGCUCAAUAUCGAACCUUUGAAGGACAAAGAACCACUGCCAUGGCACAUCUUCAACACGACGAUGUUUGAAACUCUGCUGAAUGCUAACUCAUUGGGGGACGAAGUUCGCGGUGACAUACUUCCCGCCAAAGCACUACCCAGUUAUAUAGAGAUCAUCGCUCGGGCUAGAAAUGGCUCUUUGAGUCUUAACACUGGUGCUGGAAGUGUUGUUCAGCCCAUGGUCGGACUCGCGAUCGGUGCUGGUACAGAUCCUCUGGAAAGCUACCUUGACUGGAAGGGGCUCAGCAAGGCCUACGCGGAAGCAUAUCGAGUCUUGUUCGCUCGCGCAAUGGUCGACGUUCUCGGGAACGACUUCUCAUCCGCUGAUCUAACUUCGGGUCAACAACGAAUUACAAGCGAGGCGGUCAUCCUGGAACCGGUGUUCGUUUACAUCGUCGAAGGUCUCCUUGGACUAAUUUCGAUCGCCACCAUUGCUCUACUUGUGCUAUCUUUCCUGAGGAAGAGAUAUCUCCGUACGAACAUGGGGACUAUCGCUAGUGUCAUGUCUAUCGUCGCAGAUAACCAUUCGCUGCUCUCGGACUUUGCCGGUCUGGACUGCUGCCCAGUUGAGGAUAUGCAGCAGAAGAUCGGGGAGAAGAGGUACAAACUGGUCGGUGAGAACUCACAGACUUCCCUCAUAGAGAUCGACGAUCGCAUCGACUUCAACGCUGGACCUCAAUCCCCCACUUCUGGGCAACCCCGCGACACCCCGACAGGCAUCGCAAAACCUGUUCGACCUAAGGAAUUCAGUCUGUGGGUCGCAGUCCCAUUCAUCAACCUUUUUGUCGUUCUAGCGGUGGCACUCGGUGUAAUCUUUGCGAAGGCGCAAGCGAACGGCCUUCCAUUACCCUCUUCCAACACGAUAGUCCAGAACAUACUCGAGAACUAUAUCCCUACGGCUUUCGCAACUCUGAUUGAACCCAUGUGGGUUUUGAUCAACCGACUCCUUUGCAUUUUGAGGCCUUUGGAAGAACUCCAAGAUUGCAAUGCGAAAGCGAAGAAGUCAAUCGAUCUAGAUUACAGCUCUCUUCCCCCUCAACUCGUCAUCUUCAAGGCACUCAAAUCCAGACACUACAUUCUCGCUGCAGUAUGUUUUAUGGCGCUAUUGUCCAACGUUCUCGCGGUCGCUUUCUCCGGUAUAUUCAACCAAAGCUCAACCGAAGUACGCCAAUCCCAGAUCAUGGCACCAUCAUUCGAUCUAAAAUUUGUCGCCAUCAAUGGAAGCGUGGGUCCCGAAAGCAACCGUCAAUUCGGUUCUUACAACUCAUCUGGUGCCUACGAAGGAGGAAGUGGAGAGGACCAAUUCCUCAUUGCGGAGUCGAAUUAUACACGCGAUACACCGUUACCAGCGUGGACAGACAAUCGGCUUUUCUACAGACCGUUUUCGUGGAUCAACGACACUACCAGAAGCGUCAAUGGCUCGGACAAGCUUCGUUUGGAAGCAACAACAACAGCCUUCGGUGCAGAACUCGACUGUGAAGAGUUGGAAUUUGGCAAAGAUUUCAACGCUGGAGUCGAAGUCGAUGGUGCUGGAGCGGUCCCAAUCAUACGCGCUUCCAUGAACGUCACAGUGCCUACUAAGCAUGGCGAUGUCUCUUGUAGCAGCCGAAGCCUUACAUUGCGACCUGGACCUAUCCGUGCACGAGCAACAUGUGUUACAGGUCCUAGUGCUGCCGAGCUUGUUGCCGUUCUAGAGCCCCGAGUCAAUGCGACGCAACACGAGAAAGAUGCGUGUAUGGGCGUAGUUGCUAUGGGCUGGCUGCGUGAGCCGCAAGGACUGUGCCCCCUUGGCAAGAAUCUGACCAUAAGUAAGAGCAACUCAAUGUUUGUUCGCUGCCGUCCAAGAUUUGUUAUGGGCACUGCGACAAUUCGAGUUGACGGAGCUGGUCGUUUGGUACAGAAAGCGAGCAACUUCACCCUCGCCGAGCUCAACGCAUCGAAUGAUACAUUGUCUGAGGUCUUCACCAAUGACCCAAUCAAUCUGAUAGGACAGUCAAACAAGUAUCUGUUCAAAUACGAUAGCAACGGGUGGCACAACGACAGCUUCGCCGAUGACUUCAUGAACCACUUCAUUCGCAGAGGUAGCAACAGCAGUCGUUUGAUAGACCCAUCUUUACCUCCACCAACCUUUGGCGAUGUCGCCAAGCCACUGAGCGAUGCCUAUUCGAAGCUUUUCGCCAUAUGGCUCGGCACAAACAAAGAUCUGCUACUAGAAAGAUCUGACGCAUCAGCACCUGCCUUACAGGCAUGGAAUAUCGAGAUGAGGCAGCACAUCUUUGUAUCCAUGCCCAUGUUCGUCAUAGCAGAGGUCAUUCUUUGCAUAUACGCCGUUGUUGCUGUCUUCGUAUAUGUGCGCCGGCCGGGCCAGUAUCUUGCGCGGCUACCCACUUCAAUUGCGUCUGUAAUAGCCUUGUUCGCUGCAGGCUCUGCUGUGCAAGACCUACAGGACACAUCGCAUCUUGAUAAAAAGGGCCGUGCUCAACACCUUGAAGCUAUGGAUUCGCGGUACGGAUAUGGAAGCUUUGUUGGCGCUGGAGACGGACGUGUUCACAUUGGCAUUGAGAAGACUCCGUUUGUGAGAACCAGGUCCAAGACCACAUGGUUUGACAAGAAGGUUCAUUCUUGGCGAAAGGGAUCUACCAAUUGA